AUGUGUGCAACAUAUUCAUUUGUUUCUCUUGAUUAUGCUGAGAGGUUGGGUUUGAGAUUGUCUUUUAUGGCUGGGAGUAUGAUUAUUGAUACCCAAGCUCUAGGUCUGGUAAUCACUUCUUGGGUUUGUUUAAAUUAUCCACUUACUAUUUCUGAUAAGAAUUUUGGGAUGUAUUUGGUAUGUAUACCUUUAAUAAAUCUUGAUUUUAUCCUUGGAAUGAACUGGUUGGAGUUCAACUGUGUUCAUAUCAAUAGUUUGGACACGACAAUGUCAUUUCCAGAGUUUGAUAUGAGUGAUGAGAUGUUUGUGUUAGCUAAGCAAGUGGACGAGUUUGUGAAGGAUGAUGCUGAAGUGUUUAUGUUACUAGCUUUGACGAAGGCUAAAAGAAAAUUUGCAAUUGAUGAGUUACCAGUGGUGUGUGAUUUUCUUGAAGUAUUUCCAGAUGAUAGAAGUGAUUUUCUGCCGGAGCACAAGGUGGAGUUUGCUAUAGACUUAGUACCUAAUACUAGGAUGGUGUUGAUGGCUUCUUAUAGAAUGUAUGAUUCUGAUUUGAGUGAACUCUAG